AUGAGUAGCGAGUAUCGAACGGUUGUAGGCGAACCAUCUUGGACGUGGCUCCAAAACAAGACAUUUGAAACAGCACUUGUUCGUAUCCCGGAGGAAACGACGGAGCGGUGGAGGCAGAUCGCCGCUAUUAUUCCUGGAAAGUCACCGGCGGAGGUGGAGCAGCAUUAUAUGAUCUUGGUUCGUGAUCUGAAGGACAUCCGAGCAAGCUGUUUCAGGCGCCGGCGUUCGGAUGAUGGCUUAUGGAAGAGCGGCGAGCCCAAGAAAGGGUUAUCGAAGAGCGGCGAGCCCAAGAAAGCCAAACUUUGGACUGAAGAAGAGCACAGGUCGUUUUUGCGUGCGCUUAAGAAACACGGAAGGGGCCAUUGGGUGAGCAUCUCAAGAGACAUGAAGACGAGAACCCCAGCCCAAGUAGCCAGCCAUGCCCAGAAAUACUUCCUUCGCCGAGAUGCAGAGAAGGGGAAGAGGUCCAGCAUCCACGACAUCGCCGUCGACGACCAUGAUAAUUAG